UUUGCCUUCCUCACUCAAAGAGCCGUAUUCUUUGAUGAUUGGGCAGCAGCGAGCUUCAAAGUCAUACAUCUUAGUUCUGACUGGCUGGCGGCCCACCAAAGUCCUUAUCACACUCCGAGAAGUGAUCCCUCACCGCGCAGAUAGUCCGGGAGCGCUGGGCGAGAGGAGCCGCUCUGGAGCUCUUCUAGAAGCACUUUUGAUUGUUUUGGGGGUUUUUUUGCCUUUGAAUCGAGGCGUUCGUCGGUGACGCGCUGGCGGAGCUUCACCAUGGCAGCGGUGGCUGUACUGCGGAACGAGACUCUCCAGGCUUUUCUGCAGGAUCGCACUCCCAACUCCUCCCCGGAGAACUGCAAACACUCUCCGCUGGCUCUGCUGGCCGCCACCUGCAACCGGAUCACCGGACACCACCACGGCUCCAACCCCACGGACUUCCUGCAGGUCCCCUACGAGCCCGCUCUGGGCUCCCCCUCGCGCCUGUUUCACCCGUGGACUAACGAGGGCGGGGGACACCACCAGGGGGGCCACUCGGGCUUCGGACUGGCGCCCAAGCCGCACAUCCAGAACUCCUUCGGCUCGCACCACGAGCUGCCGCUCACCCCCCCGGCGGACCCUUCCUACCCCUAUGACUUCUCCCCGGUGAAGAUGCUGCCGUGCUCCAUGCAGAGCACCUGCCCGCCCACCUACGUCCCCGCGGUCAGCUACGCCGCCCCCGCCCCCCUCGCGCCCUCCAUGCCGAGCUUCGUGCCCGGGCCGCAGCGGCAGCUCUCCCCGAGCCCCGGCGAGGACGUGCCGUGGUGGAGCCUGCAGCAGGGCAACCACGUGACCCACCCGCCGUCUCUGGGCGCGCACCGCUUCCAGCUGCAGCGCGGCCUGGUCCUGGGCCACUCGGACUUGGCGCAGUACCAGAGCCAGAUCGCGGCGCUGCUCCACACCAAGUCCCCGCUUGCAACUGCGCGCCGCUGCCGGAGGUGUCGCUGUCCGAACUGUCAGUCGUCGGCGUCCAGCGACGAGCCGGGGAAGAAGAAGCAGCACAUCUGCCACAUCCCCGGCUGCGGGAAGGUCUACGGCAAGACGUCGCACCUGAAGGCGCACCUGCGGUGGCACUCGGGGGAGCGGCCCUUCGUCUGCAACUGGCUCUUCUGCGGGAAAAGCUUCACCCGCUCGGACGAGCUGCAGAGACACCUGCGGACUCACACCGGGGAGAAGCGCUUCGUCUGUCCGGACUGCUGCAAGCGCUUCAUGCGCAGCGACCACCUGGCCAAGCACGUCAAGACCCACCAGAACAAGAAGAGCAAAGGUCACGACAAAGGUCUGGAGCACGUCAAGCGGGAGGACGCGCGGAGUUUGUUGUAACCGGCGGUAGAGAGCGCGGUAACACUGGAGACGCUUGCGACUCCCUCCAGGAGCGUCCCGCUUGUGUUCGCUCCUCCAGUGCGCUUUAACUCCAGGGCCGAAUGUUUGACGAGAAACGGCGGAGCGUUGAUUUAUUUAGGAGGGAAAUGAAACAAUUGUACCAGAGCACACUUGAGAAAAACAAUCGUCACCAUAUCGGAGUCAUAUUUACAUUUGAAAAAGGUGUCAUGGCCUGGUGGAAUUCGUUUCCAUCACUCUCAAACCAGAUUGAUAUUGGGCUUUAUUAAUAAGAUAAUAAUCCGUUUAUUGAACAGGUGUGCGUGAACUGUCCCGCAGAGAAAGUUGGUUCUCUCAAGUGCCGCUUCUUAAAAAUGAAAAUUGAAUAAUUGGAUUGACAAAGGAAGGCCACUUGGUUGUGAAGCUGGAGGCCGCUGACACUCCACCGUCUCCUCGUGUUACCGUCGUCACCAGUGCAAUAGAGUCCCACCCGUCUGAGCCCCGGCCGCCCGCCCGCCCGCCCGCGUCUCCGCCACUGUCUAUACCAUACCAGAGCAGACAAGUGUUGAACUUGUGUUCGUUGUCUUCGGUGGAAGAUUUGACUUUUGCUGUAAAUGAUAUUUAAUAGCUUUUGUUGAAUGAAAGUGUCUUGUUUGCUCCUUAUGGGGUGUUUUUUAAAAAAAGCAUGCUCUUGAGAAGAACUGCUACUGUCACAUAUGACCCAAAUACUGUGUGAGAAUAAAGACUUUAACAUUUUCACAUCUCAGCAGACGUGACUUGCUCUUCACCGUGGAGUUGACUGGCGCUUCCUCAGCUCUUUGGACACUCGCGGCCGAGUGGGUUUGUGGCGUAGAAUCUCAUAGCUCCGCGUGAGUCUCACAGAACUGCGAGACGCACAUGUAGAACCAAAUGAGGACGUUGAAAAUACGUCUCCCGUCGGACCCCAGUUUGGCCCAUGUCACUAGUGUGAGGAGAAACCAAGAAGCAUUGUUUCGCUUUGAUUCUUAUUUCCGAGUUACUUCAGUUUCAGCUGGGUUUCCCAGCCAGUGUGGCUGCCAGGAUCACACGAAGAGUAGGAAUCGGAAUUCACAUCCGAACGCCGCUUGUUCGGCUGUUGAAAAAAGAGUUUGGAAUUCUCUUGCUGUGUCUAAGUGCAGGGACGCUGUCGGCCCCACCAAAAUUCACCAUGAUGUUUCCACCUCAACAGCGCCCCCUACGUAGCGCUGGAGCUUCCUUCGUUGGACUUCUUCCCCUUUAAAACCUCUCACUGCAGCCUUGCAGCAAUAAAGUCUGAAUCUUUGAAACUGAAGCUGUGAACGGCUUCUCUGACCUUGUAUGGGCCUUUUUAAGGCUCCUAUGAGAGGAACAUUUCACGUCAUUGCUCUUCCAUAAGUCUUUAUUCUUUCAGUUCUUAUCUUUAAAUUAAAUCAUUUUAAUCACUUAAAAUACUUAAAACACUUCCUUACACGUCUGGGAGCUGUGUGGAAGGUGCUGAAUAAAUGAAGUAAUAAUGGAAAGUAUUAUUAUUUGUAGUUUUAUUUACUUACAUCGGUAGUUUUAUUUAAUUACAUUUACUAUAAUUUUUUCGAUGGUUUUGUACGAACAAAGUCAGAUAAAAGAAGAUGGAUUUUUAAAACUACAGAAACAUUUUUACUGGCAAAAGUACUAUUUUUAAAACACACAUAGUUGAAAAGUAAGUGAAAAUCCUGUUACGUUAAUUGGUCAUUAAUCGUUAUUAUUAUUAUGAAGCGACGCGUGCAAGGUUUGGUGGCGACAAGUGUGAA